GCGUUUCAGUAGAACCAAGAUGGCGGACCGAGCAGCGACGCUCUGAACUUCACUUUUAACUCUAAACGACAAAGCUGUGUAUACUUCUAAGUCUUGCUGGAUUCUUGUCGCUUACGGAUUCUGGGCUCUUCCAGAUUUCAGCGGUCAGUGCUUAAGUUUUUUCCAGGUGUGCCUUUCUGGGAUGUCCAUUCUAGGUGGCUUCAAGGGGUUCAGCCCCAGAGCAGAGCACAGCACACACAUCCCUCUUUCUGCUGAGAGACUACACAAACAUCAUCAGAUGGACAUGUAUAGAGACUCCUGUAUACUAGCUGAUUGAAGCUCUUCAUUUCCAGAUCAGCAGAGAAGCUGAGGCUGAUUGAAGCUGAUUUGAAGAACCCAGUCCUCUACCAGGUUUCACUUGCUUUUAUUGAGGCAGCCUCCACUGACCACAGAUAACUGACAUUAUACCCCCACCCCCCCACCCCCCCUUUGUCUGGCUGUCACCUGACACUGAUCACAUUUGUGCUUUAGAGCUCCAGGUGCUGACCAGGUAAUGGACGAUGCUGGCCAUGGUGACUUAGUGUAAAUGGCUAUUCCUCAGCACAGCCCAGUGCCAGUGUUUACUGCUCGAUCUUCCUUCCCCUCCUCUCCAUUCUCCCUCCCUGUUCAGUGCUGCUGCUUGCUGCCUGGCCCUGCCUUCCCCUUCCAACACCAUGGUAGGUGCAGGCUUGGGUGUGUGGAAGCUAAUGCGUGGUGUCCGCCAGCUGGAGCUCCACCGCCUCAUCCUGGCACUUAUCAUCUUUUGCUUAUUGUCCAUGGCUUUCCUCGCCUACUACGUCUCCAACAGUCCCAAAAUCAAAGAGGCCCCUCCUUUGCCCUUCAGUGACUGUGGUGGGGGAGGAGGGGGCAUGUCACCGGGAGUGAGCACCGGGGCAGCAGGAGGGCUCCUGGGUGUCCAGAGGGCCCCGCUUUUCCUCCCCCCACGCCAGGGCCGACUGAGGCAGGUGAAGGCGGUUGACAACUCUAGAACAGAGCCUGUAGUACUGGUCUUUGUUGAAAGUAUCUACUCCCAGCUCGGCCAGGAGAUUGUAGCCAUAUUGGAGUCAAGCCGCUUCCGUUACCAGACAGAGAUCGCACCGGGAAAAGGUGACAUGCCCACAUUAACAGAGCGAAACCGUGGGCGAUACACACUGAUCAUCUAUGAAAAUGUGUUGAAAUAUGUCAAUCUGGAUGCCUGGAACCGGGACUUGCUGGACAAGUACUGUGCUGAAUAUGGAGUUGGUGUCAUUGGCUUCUUCAAAGCAAAUGAAAACUCUCUUCUAAGUGCACAGCUCAAAGGCUUCCCCCUCUUUCUACAUUCGCACCUGGGGCUCAGGGACUACCGCAUUAACCCCAGUGCUCCUCUGCUCUACAUCACCAAGCCCAACCAGGUGGAGCAGGGCUCUCUACCAGGGGAUGACUGGACCAUAUUCCAGUCUAACCACUCAACAUAUGAACCAGUGCUACUGGCCAGCACCAAAUCCUCAGAGGCGCUGGCACACUUUGGACCCAGCCCGGUGCGGGCCCUCCACGCUACAGUGGUGCAGGACUUGGGGCUCCACGAUGGGAUUCAGAGAGUUCUAUUUGGGAACAACCUCAAUUACUGGCUUCAUAAGCUAGUGUUUGUGGAUGCUAUCGCCUACCUGACAGGGAAAAGACUGUGUCUGUCUUUAGAUCGUCAUAUCCUGGUGGAUGUGGAUGACAUAUUUGUGGGCAAAGAGGGAACCCGCAUGAAGGUGUCAGAUGUGGAGGCUCUACUCAACACUCAAAAUAAGCUGAGGGCAUUGGUUCCAAACUUCACUUUCAACUUGGGCUUUUCUGGAAAGUUCUAUCACACAGGUACUGAUGAAGAAGAUCGGGGAGAUGACAUGCUGCUGCAGCACAGGAUGGACUUCUGGUGGUUUCCCCACAUGUGGAGCCACAUGCAACCUCAUCUUUUUCACAAUGUCAGCGUCCUGGCUGAGCAGAUGAGACUCAACAAGAUCUUUGCUCAGGAGCAUGGCAUCCCGACAGAUAUGGGCUACGCCGUAGCUCCACACCACUCUGGUGUUUACCCCGUUCACAGCCAGCUCUAUGAGGCCUGGAAGUCUGUGUGGGGCAUUAAGGUGACCAGCACUGAGGAGUAUCCCCAUCUACGGCCAGCUCGCUACCGCAGAGGCUUCAUCCACAAUGGGAUCCAGGUUUUGCCCAGGCAAACGUGUGGUCUGUUCACUCAUACUAUCUUCUAUAAUGAGUACCCAGGAGGGUCAAAGGAGCUGGACAAGAGCAUCAGAGGGGGAGAACUCUUCCUCACUGUCCUCCUCAAUCCUAUCAGCAUCUUCAUGACCCACCUGUCCAACUAUGGCAAUGAUCGGCUGGGUCUGUACACCUUUGAGUCUCUGGUGAAGUUUGUCCAGUGUUGGACCAACCUGAGGCUGCAGACCCUGCCCCCCACCCUACUUGCUGAGAAAUACUUUCAGAUCUUCCCUGAGGAGAGAGACCCUCUGUGGCAGAACCCCUGUCAUGAUAAGAGGCACAAAGAUAUCUGGUCUAAGGAAAAGACAUGUGACAGACUCCCCAAGUUCCUCGUCAUUGGACCACAAAAAACAGGCACUACAGCGCUACAUUCAUUCCUGAGCCUCCACCCAGCUAUCACCAGUUCCUUCCCUAGCCCCACCACCUUUGAGGAGAUCCAGUUCUUUAGUGGAGCAAACUAUGACAAUGGAAUCGACUGGUACAUGGACUUCUUCCCAUUCCCUUCUAAUGUCAGCACAGAUUUCAUGUUCGAGAAGAGUGCAAACUAUUUUGACACCGAGGUGACUCCUAAGCGAGCCGCCGCCCUGCUGCCCAGAGCCAAGAUCCUUGCAGUACUCAUCAACCCGUCAGACCGGGCCUACUCCUGGUACCAGCACCAGAGAGCACACCAGGAUCCUGCAGCCCUAAACAACACUUUCCAUGAAGUAGUGACAGCCAGCCUGUCGGCCCCCAGGGACCUGUUGGCCCUUCAGAGACGCUGCCUUAACCCUGGGGCCUAUGCUUCUCACCUAGAGCGCUGGCUGCAGCACUACCAGCCCAGCCAGCUGCACAUUGUGGAUGGGGCCAUGCUGCGAUCCAACCCAGCGGUGGUGAUGGAGGGAAUCCAGAGGUUCCUCGGUGUCACUCCUCUCUUCAACUACACCCAGGCACUAAUGUACGAUGAAAGCAAAGGAUUCUGGUGUCAGCGGCUAGAGGGAGGUCGAGCCAAAUGUCUGGGGAAGAGUAAAGGCAGGAAGUAUCCAGAGAUGAGCACUGAGUCACGUGCCUUCCUGACAGAGUAUUACCGUGAACACAACAUAGAGCUGCUGCGUCUGCUGAACCGCUUGGGCCAACCGCUGCCAUCCUGGCUCCGGCAAGAACUUCAGAGCACGAGUUGGAGCUGAGACCCACCACCUCACACACAGACACGCACAGAGACAGAGACAGACUGCUACACAACACAACAGCCUGGACUAUAGUCUGUGGAUGAGGCCCAGCUCAGCCUUGGAUUAGACUGGAACACUGUCAUGUGGAAUGAGCAGCGGGCCUUUGCGCUCCAGUAUGAGGUGUGUGUUCAGGUGGGGGUCCAGCAGUCCCAGUCACUGAACAACCGUCGUGUGGUGAACUCCAGACACGUCGUGAUCUAGAAGAGCACUGUGUGGAUCCAGAAGACAGAGACUGGGGGCGGGGGGGCAGCUUCUGGACUGCCUCAAAUGUGAGGACAGACGCUCACUGCAUGUGAGACAAACAACUGGAUACACAAACAGACACACACCCAUCUGUGCAGAUGAGUGAUCACAAAGUCCAUCUUAAACAAACUAUUAGAAAUGUUAGGUCUGAACGCAGCUUGGAAGAAGAAUGGACAGCAGCCUGAAGUCCACAGCCCACAACCCAUGUCAAACACACAAAUAUACACACUCACACACAUACCCACUGUAUAUGUAGGUGCUGCUUCCCUUCUCUCAGUCUUGCUGUGUUCAGUGUAAAUAUCAUGUGUCCUCUCCAUGGUUCACUGAGCUGUUUGGUUCAUAUGGAGGGAAACAUGCUUUUGAAAUGAUGAUGCUUUUAUACUUGCUUUUAACCACAAUCAGUGUCUCCAGAAAUGGAGUGAACCAUAAAAUAAACCAUUGACUAUGUUGCACAGUUUUAUUUUUUAUUCUUUUUCUUGCUCUAAAUGUUUGGAAUCAAGUCCUUUUCUUCCCACAACAGAAUCUGAAAUUCAGUAAGUUGAACCAGCAUAGAUCGUCAAGUAGAAAAAGCCAUUGAUUGAUAAUGUUUCUCAGUUUAAAAUCAAGUUGCAAUGUGUCUUGCAUCUCGGUGAAAGAUUUCACCAUCACCUGACAUAUUUCACAUUGAUCUCAAAGAAUAAGGUGUAAAAGAUUGAAGAGAUAAAACUGAACAAAGUGAGAGUUAAACAUGUUUAACAAAUUAUUUAAAUUAACAAACAUCAGAUAUGGGCUCAAAAAAAUAUUUGACUCUCCAUUGAAUACUACUAAUUGUUUCUUAAGGUUCCCUGGAGUGCCAUGGAAAGGUUAUACAGGCCAAUCAUACAUCAGUGCUGGUGCCAUAUUGGAGUGGUCAAGGCUGGUCUGUAAACACCGAUAAAUGAGGCGGCUGCAGUUCUUCAAUACAGCUGUGUAAUGUUGACAUUCCUCCAUAGAUUUCAGUGAGUCGUACUAAAUGUAAAGGUUUAUGAUAUAUGAAGGGCAAAGAGGAGAACUACCUCAGAUGAAUCCACUAUCCUUGCUUUUUAAUCAGUUCAUGUAGUUCACCUCAUAUAUGUUUUGAGGUUACAGCAACCUUGACCUCUGACCUCCAAAAUCUCAAAUUUGAAGACAUUCUUUCGAGUCGUACCUGAGAUGUUGAGUUUUAAAUGUAAUGUGGACAGAGCAUCAGACACACCGAGACCAAGCUCCAUAACUUUAUUUUACCCUAUUGACAUCUUAACCCUGAAAAACAGAAUUCGGUGUAGUUGAGAAAUGUAAAUAUUGUUGAUUUUUAUCCAGAAACACCUCCAGAAGCAAUAGUAUAGUUAACGAACUGAAAACACUGACCUCACUGCUAAUGAAUACUGUUAUUUAAAACACCACCAACAAAUUUUUGGUAUUUGAUAAACGUUAACACAUACCUCAUAAGGCUGGUCAUAAUUAACCAGCCUUGUAAUGAUCCAACAGCAAAUUAAUGCUAGCGUUAGCCAAUGCAGCUAAAGUAUGCUAACACUGCACAAUGAAGCACCUGAACCAUGAUGAAACAUUUGCCUGACACAAUCCUCUGAUCUAAUCCUGUCUCUUAACUUUUCACAGUUCCUACAGCUGCAGUGGAGCCAUCUGUCAAGAAAAAUAUUUAAUCCAAUAAACUAAGGAAACACAGCAGACACAUACAGAACCCACUUCACACUGGAAGUGAUCACAGCCUUAAUUAUGUCUUUAGUAGUUUUUAAACGAGUGAAUUUUAUGUAAAUGUUCACGUCUAUAUUUACCACAGACACCAAACCUGUUUCUGUACCAUCCUGUAAAGCAUUUAUUUCUGGUGUAAAGUUGGAGUAAAUUUUAACAUGAAGAGCUGACUCAUGGGAACUGUAGUCUCAAGAGCUCUCAUUCAAACUGAAAUAAGGGGAUGAUUUGAGUUUAUAGGCACUGACAACUGUUAUUACCCAUUUUAAGUUAUCCUGUUAGAAAACGAUGAUGGAAAUGGCAAAAUCUG